AUGGACGUAAUGAAAAGUGAACGUAAUAAAACAAUUUUUAUUUCUAAUGGUUACAAAUUUCGGUUCCAUAAAAUGUUAAAGAAUGAAGUUCAGCGGUGGACUUGCUCCUUAAGUACAUGUAAGUGCUAUAUGAAAAUCAAUGAUUCAAACACAGUUAUUGAUAGUUUUGAAGAUCACAAACACAAUAAACCAGACGAAAAAACUUUGAACCGGCAAAAACUUAGCAAUAGUCUCAAACGAAAAGCUGUCGAAGAUAUUAACAUAUUAACAUUGAUUACCCAUUAUUAUUAUUAUUGA